AUGCCUGGUUUACCUAAACCAGUUUUCAAGGAACUGUACAAAAGAGCUAUUGAACGAACGGUUGUAUAUGCAUGCCCAGCAUGGUGGCACCCUCCUACAGGGAAAAUGAGAAAUAAAACAAACUCCAUUCAACGUAUAGCUCUCCUUGCAAUGACAAAAAGUUAUAAAACUACUCCUACUGCAGCAUUGCAAAUAAUAGCCGAAAACCUUCCACUUGAUAUAAAACUCGACAUGGAAUGUGCCAUUCAGUGUACAAAAAGAGGAUGGACAGAUUUUAAAUUCGAAGAUAUAAAAAUAAUAAAAGAGCAAAUUGAAUUUCCAGCUCACAAGUGGCAUACCCACCCUGCCCUAAUAAAAGUUUAUGAGUGGGAUAGUAAACCUUCCACUAACAAAGGAUUGGGGCUUUAUACUGACGGAUCAAAAAAUGAAGAUGGAACAGGAGUUGGUUUCUGGUCGUUUUGGCACGGAGUAUAUCAAGAACAAUUUAUGUUUCAGUUAGACAAAAACUGCACAGUGUAUCAAGCGGAAACACAAGCUUUAAAAUUGGCAUUAUUAUGGCUGAAAACGCAUCAUGGCCCCGCGCACAUCUAUUCUGACAGCCAGGCCGUUCUCAAGUCGGUGGGAAAGUUUGAUAUUUAUAAUAAGAGUAUUACUGAAGUUAAGAAAUUACUUUCUUAUACAAAAGCAAAACUGUAUUGGAUAACAAAACAGCAAAACAAGAAGUCUAUUCGACAAACAGAAUUAACUGCAAGAUACCAAUGA